AUGACACUGCGGAAAGGAAGUCCGGACGACGCCCCUCCUCCGUAUACUCCCUCCGAUCCCCUCACGCCAACCUCUGGCAAUUUGUCUGUUCAAGGUGAACCUUUCGCACAAUCACCCAAUUAUUCUAUACAGCCAGCGGAUAAUUUCAUCUCUGCUGCUUCGUAUUUCAAUGAGCGUCCAUCAGUCGUCCCUCAUGGCCCAGACGAGGAGAUCCUGGAGCAUACCAUAACCAUCUACACUCGAAGCCAGGCCAAGGACUAUUCCCGCUUCCCGCGAUGCUGGCGAUCUCGAGCUGCGGAAGCCUCUAAGCACGAUUGGGCUACUUUUUUAAAUUACUUACUCCCUUCACAUUUGGGCCCUGCGUCCAAUCAUCCGGAUCUUCCACGAAAGCUUCGUCGGGAGAUUGCAAGAGACCAUAAAGAUCGGCCCCAGGAAGCUAAUGAGGAGCGGAAAGCUCGAAUUUCGGCCGUUGUCGAUGAAUGGAAUGAGCACUUCUUUGGCCCCCGGGCAAUGAGGGUGGCAUAUGUGUUUCCCUCUGAAUCUGGGACCACAACCAUCUCUCCGCUUUGCCCCAAUUGCUACCCAUCGACGGUCAGAUCAAUGCCACUGCGAACUGGCGGCGCACACCCGACUCUGUCCAGAUCGCAGACGGCACCACCUGCAUCGCAGCAUAGCAUUCCUCGCAAGCCAGUUGGCGAAAAUGCCGCUGAUCCUACACCUGUUCGGCCAUAUCAACCUCACACGGAAAACGAAGCCGAUACAAACCAAGGAAACCGACCGCAGAUCGCGCAACACCAGUCGCCCUUUGGGUCCUGGGCGUCCGCGAUCGUUAACUGGGCAAACAACUUUUCCGAGCAGGCACAACGAUAUGGCGAACACAUCGAACAACAAGCCGAGGCGCAUGGAAAGCGAUUCGAAGAAAGUGCCGAGUCAUUCGGCCGAAUGAUGGAAGCCAAGGGACAGGCAUGGGAAAACUACUUUGAGCAGCAAGGGAACAGGUUCGAGCGGGCCACCGAACAAUUCGAAAAAGCUUGCAACAGGCGCUCGCCCUGGUCAUACCGUUGGAAUCCAUCCGGUCCAUGGGGCGCAGGCGCUGGCAGGGGAGGAUGCAGCCGUCGCGGUGGCAUGGGACCUUAUUGGUCUAACUCCGGGUGUCCUAUGAGUUCUCGGCCACGGAGCGGCUCUAUUUCCUCUCUGUCGUCCUCUUCGUCAUCAUUCUCGGAUUCGCUCUCGUCCUCGUCUUCUUCAGAUUCGGAACACAGUGACAAUGAAACUAGCAUUAAGUCCGAAAUGAAUAGCUUACGCGAAAGUCGCACUCAGGCCCGUAAUCUGAACACGGAACAUCGCGCGAAAGUUGCAGCGCUACGCCAUGAGAUGGGCGCGCUGAGGGCAGCACAUAGAGAACUACGAUCUUCGAGCCGAUGUGGGCCGGGUCGUGGGGCGAAUUCGCGUGAGAUGUUCAACGACAAGGUUGCGGAAGCACGAGCUAUUAAAGCCGAAAUGGGGAAUUUAAAGCAAGAGUAUAAAGCUAUGAGAAAUGAGUUCCGCCAGGAGAAAAAACAGCUUCGACGCAUGAUCAAAAGCUCGAAGAAAGAACAUAGAAAGGCUAGAAAGGCGGAGCGAAAGCAGCAAAGGGGAAAAGGCGUCAAAGGUCAGGAAGUUGGCACGACUCACAAUCCCGCUAACAUCGCUCCGCCGACCUCUUCUCUCCCGACGCAUGUCCCCGUGCCGCCCUGUCCCCCAAUGUCACCGCCUCCGGCGUACUCCUCUCCGUUCGUCUCUGAGCCCCCAGUGAUACCCACUGGUUUAACCCAGGAGACGAGAACUGAGACCGAGGAGACAGACAUCCCACCAAUGCAAAAUCAGCAGGAUAAACCUGAAGACAACUCUACAAAAUCUAGCAAGGGGAAAGGAAAGAGCUGGAGCAAGGAGCAAACACAACAGACGAUGAGCUGGGGAUAUACCAGCAGCAAUGCGGUACCAAAGUCGUCGGGAUUCUGGAAGAAAUCACGCGAGGCCGAGGCGCCGUCGGUUCAAUGGUCUGGUGAUGGCAAGCAGGAGACCGGAGUGCUUCCUGUUGACGAUGAAGAGCGAGAAGACAGUGAGCGAGACAAUCCUCCACAGGGGGCGAAAUAAUUGAAACCAGAACUUUUGCCCUGUGGGAUAUAUGUGUAUAUACAUAUAUCUAGCCCUCUUUAUUCCGUUUUUGCUGUGUCCCCUUCGUCCAAGGCUCUCUCCGGUUGGUUGUUAUGGCGUAAGGCAGGUCUGAUGGUAUUAGCCUAUAA